AUGGAUUCAAAGAGUAAUUCGAUCGGUCUUCUCUUCCUUGUUAGGUAUUACACUGUUUUGUCUCAAAGCCCAGAGACAUUAAAGAAUUUCUAUCAUGACAAAUCUGUCUUUACCAGAAGACAAGAUAAUCAUACUACCUCUUCAGUUGUUGGUGUAGAUAACAUUCACAAUGAAGUGAUGAAUCUAGGACUUGGUACUCAAGUUUCGAUUCAGGCAGUAGAUUGUCAACCAUCUUUGAAUGGUGGUUUAUUUAUUACUUGCACUGGUAUUAUGAGAAAGGAUAUGGAGAAUCGUAGCUUCUUCCAUUCUUUCUUUUUGGAAAAGUCUCAGACCACUGAGAGCUACUAUGUUCUCAACGAUGUUUUAGUUUACGUAGGAAGAGAACAAGUUGAGAAUAUUCCAGACGAAGCAAAUGCUGCUGACGAUCAACAUCAUAUUGGUUCCGACUCAUCGGUUGAUCUCUCUGAACAGAUUGCUGUUACUAGUGAUGUCGUUGAUCCGUCGUCUGCCAGCGAAUCAUUCAACCAGGUCGUUCCAAUCACAGAGAACGACUAUGUUCAAUCAAACGGUGCUUCUGAACACUCAACAACCACUACCACCACCGCCACUACCAUUGAUCAAGAGACUACUGCUGCUACUGCUGCUGCUGUCAUCGAGCAAGAGAAGGAAAAGGAGAAAGAAAAGGAAGAGGAGACCACUCCUUCUGUUGCCGCUGCUGUCAGUGCAGGUAAUGCUGGUACACCAAACGGUGUCACCAAGCCCGCCUCCAAUGUCCCUGCCGCUGCUACUGCUGCUCCAAGCCAAGCACCAACUCCAUCAAACACACCAAAAACCUAUGCUGAUAUUUUAUUAUCAUCGGGUGUUACCUCCGCUGUCACAACUCCCGUUGUCGUCGCCGCCGCCGCCGCUCAACAACAACCAACAGUAGUUCCAGCACAAGUCGCAUCGACAAUAACAGUGGCCCAACCAACAUCAUCAAACUCAAAAGAGAGUCACAAAGAAGGUUGCACUCUCUUUGUCAGUUUUGUAAACAGUAAAUUCCUAUUGGAAUCGGCUCAACUCAAACAGGUUUUCUCACAAUUCGGUAAUGUUUCACAUGUUCGUGUGUUGACCAACUAUGCAUUUGUCGAAUUUGAAAAGCCAGAGUUUGUACAAAAUGUACUUGCCUACAUCAAGAGUGGUCGUCAUCUCAUGAUCGGUGAUAACCAACUUAAAGUCGAAGAAAAGAGAGCAGGUGCAAAUAAAUUUAAUAACAACAAUAGUAACAAUAAUAAUAAUAAUAAUAAUAAUAAUAGUAAACAUAAUAAUAACAACAACAACAACAACAGUAAUAAUAGUAAAAGAGAUAGUAACAAACAACAAUCACCACAACAACAAGAUAAACACGAUAAAUUAAAUAAUAAACCAAAGUUUCAACAAAGACCAAGUCAAGGAGGUGCUGCUCCAAAGCAACAAGGUGAUGCCAAUAAGCCAGCCCCUAAAAAACCUGCUAACAAAUAA